AUGGCGAUGGUUCGAAAAUUUGGCCGUCCUGAGGUAUUUAUUACUUUUACAUGCAAUACUAAAUGGAAAGAAAUAAAAUCCGAACUUAAACCUUUUCAAAAUUCAUCUGAUAGACCAGGUUUAGUAACUCCAGUAUUUCGUUCAAAAUUAAAAGAAUUUUUAGAUGACAUAGUUAAAAGAAAAAUUUUCGGAGAAAUUUUGGCAUACGGAUACGUUAUAGAGCAUCAAAAACGCGGUCUUUUCCAUGCUCAUUGUUUAUUUGUACCCUUCAAUGAAGAUAAAAGUAAAGCAGCAGACGACAUUGAUAAUAUUAUCACUGCUGAAUUACCGGAUCAAUAUGUACAAUCCGAGUUGUAUAGCAUAAUUUAA